AUGGGUUGUUCGCCAUCGAAGCAAUCGGUUUGCAGGAAUUGCCAAGCUCAAUGUUCGCCGGCGAGAAGGAGCUCUUCCGCCCACGCCCACCGUUCUCCUCCACGCGAAGAGAACCACCACGUCGUAGCUCUCACCUCCACCACUCUCGGUUAUCUUCUGCUCGAUUCAUCUAAACAGAAUCAGAACAGCAAGGAUUAUCAAGAACCAGUUCGACGAAAUGCUCCAGAGAAGAACAGAAAGGAUUUUGCAGUCGGGGUGAUCGAGGCCAAGACUUGGUCGAAGAUGAUCGAUGAAAAGGUCGCAAGAAUCUCCCCGAAAACACCCAUCGAAACGCCUCCUGGUGAGCCGGAAACAAUCAAUGCGUGGGAAUUAAUGCAAGGUUUGGAUGAUACAAGCCCUCUCCGACCGCCAUCCGCGAUCGAUCACAUCCGUUGCUUCUCGUUCAAUGUUAAUUCCAACUCGAUUGCGCCGCAUCUCGAUGAACCCACAUUUGUAUCCGAAGAAAAACACCGGGAUACUGAACGAUUGAGUAAACCGAUUUGGCUACAAAUAGUCGAGAACCGUUCUGAUUCAAAUUCUAACUCAAAUGACACAUGUAUAGCAUCAGAUUUUGAUCCAGACUCGAUUGCUGCAUUAAGAAAUUCAUUCGAAAUUUUACCUCCAACGAACCCAUAUCACCCGAAGCCAUUGAUCGAGGAGAAACAUCCGUCUUCGGAAACAAAGAAAUCGCUACAAAACGGGAAAAGCGAAAAAUUGAUUUUAUACUUCACAAGCUUACGAGGAGUUCGAAAAACAUACGAAGAUUGCUGCCACGUUCGAGUCAUUCUAAAAAACUCCGGUGUUCGAGUCGAUGAACGGGAUGUAUCGAUGCAUUCCGGUUUCAGGGAGGAACUCAAAGAGCUAUUGGGCGAUAGAUACGGUUGUGGCGGGUUGCCGAAGGUGUUUGUGGGGAAGAAAUACGUUGGGGGUGCUGAUGAAAUCCGACGAUUACAUGAUGAAUUUCAGCUCGAGAGGGUGUUGGAAGGUUGCGAAAUGGCAAAUGAUGGCGGCGACGGCUGUGGUGGACGUGGCGGUUGUGAGGCGUGCGGGGACAUAAAAUUUUUCCCGUGUGAAACAUGUUCGGGUAGUUGUAAGAUUUACUACGAAGUGAAUUCCGAUGAUGGUGAAAAAGGAGAUCAAGAAAACAAUUACGGGUUUCAAAGAUGUCCUGACUGCAACGAGAACGGACUCAUACGGUGUCCGAUUUGUUGCGAUUAAAUCCGCUCAUUUUCGUUUACUAUUUUUUCACGGGUUUGUUUAUUGUAUAGUCGAGAUCUAUUUUCCAUUUGGCGUACAUUGUGUGAUUAUUGGCGUUUAUAACGGUUUAUGAUUGGUGUUUAUAUGUUCAAAAUCUUUUUGUGUACUA